AGUUCCCCUCCCUCCCCAUCCAGAGCACAGUGUAUAAAACAUGGACAAUGUUGGGACUGUGACAGAGGUGCCUUGAACAGCGAGAAAAAAAAUUACAGCAACAUUUUCAAGUGAUUUCUCCAACGCUGUGAUGUCGCUGAGCAUCCUGGCUCUCUGCCUGCUGGUCUGUGUUCACUCUGGCGUAAAUGCGUAUCCAGUCAAGCCUGCCAGCCCCCGGGAAGGUGCACCACCUGAGGAGCUCGCCAGAUAUUACUCUGCACUAAGACACUACAUCAACCUCAUCACAAGACAGAGGUAUGGAAAAAGAGACAGUCCAGACACUGAAUUUUCAGAUUUGUUGGUGAAGGACAGCACAGAGAGCAUUCCAGGAUCCACAUAUAUCAAGUAUAAUGGGCUGCCAUUGUGGUGAUCCUGCUGGAGUUGUAACACUCAGGCUGUCUUCACUACAUAAAGCUGCUACCAUGUCUGUUCCUGACGUGAAAUGAACUUGUGUUGCAUGGAAUAAACGCCGUGUAAAGACA